CCGAGAGAUCCGCUUCCGGGUUCCUCACCAGGCAGCUGAAGCAUUGUGUGCACGAUCGUAGUUGCUGAUAACUUUUUACAAUGGCUCGAAAUGCUGAGAAGGCAAUGACUGCUCUGGCAAGGUUUCGCCAAGCCCAGCUGGAAGAUGGAAAAGUUAAGGAGAGGAGGCCAUUCCUUGCAUCAGAGUGUAAUGAUUUACAUAAAGCAGAGAAAUGGAGAAGACAGAUAAUAAGUGAAAUUUCCAAGAAGGUAGCCCAGAUACAAAAUGCUGGUUUGGGAGAAUUUCGGAUUCGUGAUCUGAACGAUGAAAUCAAUAAGUUAUUACGAGAGAAGGGCCACUGGGAAGUCAGAAUAAAGGAAUUAGGAGGUCCAGACUAUGGAAAAAUUGGACCAAAAAUGUUGGAUCAUGAGGGAAAAGAAGUUCCAGGCAAUAGAGGAUACAAGUAUUUUGGAGCAGCCAAAGAUUUGCCAGGAGUACGAGAACUGUUUGAAAAAGAACCACCUGCCCCACCACGAAAAACCCGCGCUGAGCUCAUGAAAGACAUUGAUGCAGAUUAUUAUGGUUACAGAGAUGAAGAUGAUGGUGUCCUUCUACCUCUGGAACAAGAGCUUGAGAAGCAAGUUAUCAUGGAAGCUGUGCAAAAAUGGAAGGCUGAUAAAGAGGCCAGACUUGAAAGUGGAGGUGACAAAGAAGAAGAGGAGGAAGAAGUAAACAUUUAUGCAGUGAAAGAUGAUGAGUCUGAUGAUGAAGGUGGGGAACAGAUGGAAGGAGAAGAAAACCAGCAAAAAUUUAUAGCUCAUGUUCCUGUACCAUCACAGAAAGAGAUUGAGGAGGCUCUUGUACGACAGAAGAAAAUGGAGCUCUUACAGAAAUAUGCUAGUGAAACUUUAAUGGCUCAAAGUGAGGAUGCAAAGAGGCUUCUUGGACUGUAACAUACAAUUUUUGAUAGCCGACACAACGGGGCUUGUUUUAAAUGAAACCAACAGUAUAAGGAUUGUAGAUGUUGUGCGCCAAAUAAGACAUGGAGAUCAUCAACGUUGUUGCACAGUGACCAGAAAUGCCCAAUUUUGUCAUUGGUGGUGGUUCUGGGUGGAGACCAGACAGUGCUUUAUGUAAAUAACAAACUUUUUUUAAAGUUAAUAUGAAUUGAAUUUAUUUUUUAUUUCUCAUUUAAUAAAAUUAUCUUUUUUAGAUAAUGGUUUAUUCAUCUGUCAGUUUGGUGUGGAGCUGGAUGAACACAGAAGAUCAGUCAACAUCAGAGGAGCAGGAAAAUCAAUACUUUGAAAUUACACCCUUCAGCAGGCCUGACCUGAUGUAUUCCUCCAGCUCCACACUGUGCUGACUCUGUCUCCAGCAUAUGCAGCUCUUACAAUCUCCUAGGGUUAUGCAUCUGGAUGUUUUCUAAUGUUAGCACAAUAGCAACUGUAUUACUUCUUAGAGCAAUACAACCUUUUAGGAGGUUUUUGGGUAUGCGGCUGUCAUCCAUCCAAUGAACUGCUGUUGGGUCACUGUGAUAUUGGUAGUAAAAACCAAAAGAACUGCGGAUGCUGUAAAUCAGGAACAAAAACAAAGUUGCUGGAAAAGCUCAGUAGGUCUGGCAGAAUCUGUGGGGAGAAAGCAGAGUUAAUGUUUCGGGUCCGGUGACCCUUCCUCAGAACUCAUUAUAUUGAUAUUGGUGGUGUUGUCCAGCCACGAAAUGACAGAUAUAUCUGAACUAGCAAAGAUGGAAACUGUCCAUCUGCUUGAUCCUGCCUAGAUCCUUACCCAGAUAUCACUAGAGGAGUGCACUAAGGACACAGGCUUGGUGCAUUCAGUUUGUCAAUCUUGGGUUGUUAUAGUUAUGUAUUGUUACUCAGCUUGGACAUAACAUCCACAGCUUUUUUUGAUGAGUUGAUUACAGCAUUAAGUGAGACUUGGCUCAUUAUUAUAGAGUCUCGAUAUGUGAAGCUAUCAACAACCUCCUGGAACGUAACAUCUGUCUUCCAUGCGGAUAGUCAAACCAAACUCUUCACAGGCACAAAAGAUUAUGUCCAUUUGCCAUGGAAGGUGUUCUUCAAUAUGGAAUGCCAGUGUGAUGGUAUGACUAUUGUGUGACCUUAAGGACAGCUUUGUCUUGCAUCUUAAGCAGGCUGCACUGAUCAGUUCGGUGUCAGUUCUGGGACAUAAGUACUUAAUCUGUGGAUAAACUGAAGAUGUACGACUGCAAUACAAUGAAGACGUUUAAAUUUGGAGUACCAUAGCAUUACCCUGCUUGACCCUGUCAAAGAUCCAAGUGUUCAGGUAUUGCCCUGACAUACCUGACAAUAUUCCAUCAAGUUGUUAUGAAAAGAGAUCACAUUAAGUAGUUUCAGUGGGUAACUAGUUUUCUCUAACAACUUAAAUAGAAUGCCUGUGUUCACAUGCCUGAAUGCAUUCGUGAAAUUAAUGAAGGUAAUAUAUAGUGGUUUCCUUUGUUCAUUGCACCUGCUGAACUGAGAAGAUCUUAUUAAUUAUAGAUCUUCUGGUUCUGAAACCACACUGGGCUUUGUUUUAGAUGCAUUCAGUCAGAAUAUGCAAUCUGACGAGGAUAAGAUGGACAAAUACUAUUUUCCAAAUCACUCACUAAGGCAAUCUCUCAAUAGUUCUUCCAAAAGAAUGAGAUGACGUGAUAAAAAAUAAAUUCAAUUCAUAUUUGAAAUAAAACAGAAAAUGUCAGCAAAGCUCAGCAGGUCUUGCAGCAUUUGGCGGGAGAGAACCAGAGUUAAUGCUUUGAGUACAAUGUAAGUUUUCUUGAUGUCAGCAAUUGCUUAACGUAAAUUAAUCAGUACAUGUGGCAAAUGUCUGUCCUUAUCAAUAAUUUUGCAUGUAUUUAAAAAUAGCCCCUUGGCAGUUCAGUAACAAAAUUAUCUCACUUCUAAAAAUAUGUUCAAUUGGUAAUUGUAAAAUAUCAUGGAUGAUACUUCUGGGACAGUGUGUAUCCUAGCUGAUAAAGCAGAUGCAUAUAUACAUGAAGCUACAAGGGAAAAAAAUCUGAUCUAACAUUAGCGUGAUUUGUAAUUGAUUAAAACUAAUUUCAUAAAUCCAUAUAAAUUGCUCCA